CCUUGCUGUGUCUUGCUACUGUUGGAAUCAACGCUGUUCUGAUCCAAUCUGACGUUGCUGUAUCUAGGUGUCAAACUGAUUGACAAUGGAGGACACUGCCGACGCUCAAAGCACGUCGGUCUCUUCGGUAGACAGUGGGAAUAUCGAAACGGCUUCGACUGCUUCCUCCUCUUCGCCGACUCCGCCCGAGCGGCAACAACAGAUGCCUCCUCCGCCUCCGCCUUCUAAUACUUCCACGCUCGACCCGGAAAAGACAUAUCAAGAUCUGGAAGCUUGGUUGGCAAAGCUGACAGUCGGAACUCCCUUGACUGAGCAAGAAGUUAAAAAUCUUACCUCUCUGGCGCGCGAGCGGUUACUGCAAGAGUCUAACGUGCAGCCCGUGCCAGCACCGGUGACCAUUUGUGGCGACAUUCAUGGACAGUGGCACGACCUGAUGGAGCUAUUUCGUAUUGGUGGGUCUGCACCCGAUACAAAUUACCUAUUCAUGGGCGAUUACGUCGAUCGUGGCUAUUACUCUGUGGAAACGGUGUCCUUGCUUGUCUGUCUCAAAGUGCGAUAUCCCGAUCGGGUCUUUAUUCUCCGCGGCAACCACGAAAGUCGUCAAAUUACGCAAGUGUACGGAUUUUAUGAUGAGUGUGUGAGAAAAUAUGGAUCGGCAAAUGUUUGGAAACUUUUCACGGACCUCUUUGAUUACUUUCCUCUCACGGCGGUGGUAGAAAAUGCCAUUUUUUGUCUACACGGUGGUUUGUCCCCUUCGAUUGAUACAUUGGAUCAUGUGCGCCAGCUAGACCGCGUGCAAGAAGUACCCCACGAAGGACCCAUGUGCGAUUUGCUCUGGUCGGAUCCGGACGAUCGAUCUGGUUGGGGCAUCAGUCCUCGGGGAGCCGGUUUUACGUUUGGUGCCGACGUUUCCGCAGCGUUCAACGCUCGCAAUGGCCUACAAACGGUAGCUCGGGCCCAUCAACUCGUCAUGGAGGGAUACAAUUGGAGUCACGAGGGGUCUGUGGUGACCAUUUUCAGUGCACCGAACUAUUGUUACCGCUGCGGUAAUCAAGCCGCGAUUCUGGAAGUCGACGAAAUGCUCUCCAACAAGCAGUUUCUCCAGUUUGAUCCGGCACCCCGAAGAGGUGAGCCACAUUCUGCAAACGCCCGCAAAACACCUGAGUACUUUUUGUAA